UCACUUUAAAAUAAUCGAGUGUUUUACGAUAAAAAGAAAGUUUAUUUAAAAAAUGAAAGAGAAACCAAAACAAUUAGAGUAAUGAUUGUAUCAAGAUGUGAUGAAGAAUUGAAGAAUAAUCAUCGCGUGAGAAACAUGAAGAGGAUCUCAGGCAUGUUGUUUAAGGCGAGUAUCAGUUUUUGCAUAUUUUGGAACUUUUGUUUUUUAUCUAAAAAUAGUCUAUAAGUAUAAUAUAUAUAUCGAAUGAAAUUUAUUAUAUAUUAUAUAUAUAUAUAUGUAUAUAUAUAUACGCGAUAUUACCAAAGAAUUUCGUGAUUUUAUUCUUUGGAAUUAUAUAGCGCUCGUUUCAGCAUAAGCUUUUCUAAGCUGAAAAUUCGAUGCGCUUUAAUUAUACGCAUAUUUUAAACGCGCUGCAUUAAAUUGCGCGAAUUAUUUUAUUCGGUUAAAAAAAAGCAGUCGAAAUAUUUUGUAAAAUUAAUUUACAUUUUUCGACGCUUUCGACAAAAUCAGGCUGCGUUUACGCGCCAAUUAAAAAGUAAUUUUCUGCAAUUCAUUUUGUAUAUUUUCUUCUUUUACGCAGUACAUUUGCAUCGGUAUAUAAAAAAUUAAUAUGGAUGCAUUAUAAUUGUACUUGCGUAAUUUUUAUCACGAUUGCGAGUAAUGAUGAAAAAAAGUGAUUAUAAACUUUGAAAUAUUUCUUGUUUCCAUUUACAAAUUGUUACAGUGCAUUUAUCAUAUUUCUGUUUACAUGAUAACGUAAAUGGACUUUCAAGUUAAGAAUGUUGAAUACAAGAGAAAUGUGAUGGAAGAAGACAAGAAGAGACUAUGUGGAUAUCGGUUCAAAGGGAAGGAAGCGAGACGUUCGGCGGAUUGUCGGGGAUGCUACGUCAAAUACUUUCGCCAUCGCCCGAGACGGGAGAUACCUGUUUACCCGUCACUUGUACUUUGCUUCAGAACAACACUAUGUUCUCCAAUCAAUCGUCGAUGAUGUCCUCAACGUAUCAAACCGUCCCAUCCCACUUGCCAUCCAUUUGUUCCGAUCAGAUUCUCAUGGAUCACGUGCAGAUAGUCACCGAAUCCCAUCCGUGUUCCACGUGUGGCCUUGAGUUUCGAAGCGCUCUGAAACUGAAUUACCACAUAAGAACCAGUCAUUCGGCCUUGCCGGAGUUCGAGCACAACAUAGAGAAUAAUCCGAUGAGAUACUCGUGCACCAUUUGUUCACGGAGUUUCUUUGCUCUGAGUCAUUUGAGGAUGCACGAGGUCACGCAUUCCGCGCCACCAGCAACCUCCUGCGCACCGAUACCGACGAUAUCGACAUCGGUGAACGUCGAUAAGACGUUCGCCUGCGAUCGUUGCCAAGCCAGUUUCCGGUAUCGUACAUUAUUCGAGCGGCACAGGAGGAUGCACGAGGUCGGCCAGGAGAAGCCUUACUCCUGCCCUAGAUGUUUGAUGCGCUUCGAGACCCGAAAUUUGUACAAUCAUCAUGCGAAAACUCACAAGCCGGGCAACGAUAAUAGGAUAACCGACACCGUAGUAGUGUCUUCCGGUGAUCCGGUCACUAGCAGUAUUAGCGGUACCAUUGCGUCGACCAACAAAUCGGUACUCUCGUACCCGUGUGACUCGUGCUCCAAGCAAUUCGCGAGCAUCGAAUCGUUGACUACCCAUAAGGCUGUACAUAGGUCCAGACCGCUCGUGUGCGACGUCUGCGGCAAAGGUUUUACACACCGCAAGUACUACGUGGUGCAUCAACGUAUUCAUACGGGAGAGAGGCCGUAUCUUUGUGCCAUGUGUGGGAAGUCGUUCACUCAAGCAUCCACGCUUACCGUCCAUCGCCGAUAUCACACGGGAGAACGUCCUUAUACGUGCACGUUGUGCGGUAAAGGAUUCGUUACCAGAACCAUCAUGCUGAAUCAUAUGAAAAAGCAUUGA